CGAAGACCUGCAGAAUAACCAAAGGGAAAAGGUUUUCCAGGAAAGAACUUGGGAAUGAUCACGUUACAUUUCCUAAAAUAGUCUACCAACGGGGACUGCAUUUGAGAAGUUGGAGAAGUACACCUUGUCCCUUGGGUCAGCAAAAUAACCGCAGGAUGUGACCUCCCCCACCCCCCGGCCCCAAGCCCCACUUCACAUGUGCACAGGCUACUGUAUUCAGGCAGGAAAGUCCCAUCUCAGACUUUGGGGGCGGUCGGUGUUUCCCAGUGAAGGAAACGCCAUUUCUCUGAAUGAGCGAGUUACCUGCGAAACUUGAACGCCCUCAGAUACGUACCCGGCCCGGGUCUGGAGACAGCCCGAAGCCCCGCUCGUUCCCGAUUUCGGAGUCCCCCUAUUGAGAGGAAUUAAUGGUAUGGCAGCAGCCUAUCGGCUUGUAGUUAGCACCGUGAACUGCUACAACAGCGUCGUGAUAGAUCGACGCUUUCAACAGGCCGUCCACUAUUGCACCGGCACGUGCCAAACCUUCCGACAUGGAGUGGACUGCAUCGUGGCCCAUCAUGGUGUCUGCGCGGGCCUCCUGCCCACGACCGGGCCCGUCCACGGAGACCCGGAACUGGGCCGUAGAUUUUUGCCCCAGGAGAAUGGACUCUCGCUGGCCGGGAGUGACGAGAAUCCUCAGGUUUUCCCGGGGAUUGCCAAGGUCAAGAAGGGAUUUGCCGUUCAGAGCACCUGCAAUCUAAAAGACAUCGCGGGAGAGGCUAUAAGUUUUGCCAGUGGAAAAAUAAAGGAAUUCUCCCUCGAGAAAAUCAAGAACAGCAACCACGCAGCGUACAAAAAGGGAAGGAAGGUGAAGUCGGACUCGUUCAGUCGGAGGUCGGUGGAUUUCGACCUGAUCUAUGGCCAGUGCCAAGGUGACGGGAGCGGGCCGCCUUUCGGACUGCUCCGGAGCGCCUCGGUGGAAGAGAAACCUCUGUCCCACAGCGGCUCCCUGGAGACCAACGUGGCAUCCUGGUUUCUCCAGAACCUCUCCGAAGAGAACCUGAUCGCCCAGAUUUUGGAAAAACACAAGCUGGACAGUUCGGCUUCGGGGGCGGACAUCAAGAUGUGCUUAGAUAUCCUGCUGAAGUGCUCCGAAGACUUGAAGAAAUGCACAGACAUCAUAAAGCAGUGCAUCAAGAAGAAAUCGGGGGGCAGCGGCAGCGAGGACGGUGGUCAGGACUCAUUUCACAGCUCGGAAACCGUCUACGUGAACGUCAUGACCAAGUUGGCUUCUUACCUGAAAAGGCUACCCUUUGAAUUCGUCCAGUCCGGCUAUCUCGAGGGCUCCGAUCUGACGGAACUGGCCAACAGUUUUCCUGCGCUGCAGCCUCCUCCGUUCUCCCCGAUAUUUGGCACCGAGCAACCCCCCAAAUACGAGGACGUGGUCCAGAUACCUUCCUCAGUCACGGGGCAGUUCCGGGCCGCCGAGUCACAAGGGGGUAAGGAGGACAGCAGCCGCGCGGAGGACCCCACCGGUGUCCUAGCCAACAUCGGGCGACGCGAUCCCCGAACCGUGAGAUCUGGCCAACGGGCCCAGAGUCCAAAGCCGUCAGAAUGCGCGUCUUCCCCGGAUUUCAUGGAAACUCUCUUCAUCGACGAAGAAUCCGAGGGGGAGAAAGGAGCGGGCAGGGCCAAGACGAGCGAGAACCAACUUCCCCAGCUCCCUUUAAAGGGAAGUCAAAGUAGGACAGAAUGUAGAGAUGAGAAUUCAGAUUUUGACAAAGUCCCUGCCUCACCGCCAGCCGAAACGCCCGACGAGGUCUUUGAGAAACCAGCCCUCCUUCACGUAUUCGAAGAGGGGCCGGGGUCGAAAGGCCCCGGAGACGAAGCGCCGGGCCACAGGGAUUCGACAAAGCUUAAUAACCAGGAGGAGAUCGAUCGGUUGCUGUUGGAUUUGGAAUGCUUUUCCCAGAAGAUGGAGAGCACCCUGAGGGAGCCUUUUGCGGCGGGGGGUGCCGUCGCGUCUCUUCCCGACCCAAGUCGAUCGAUCGGGCAGGCCCCCGUGGAUCCCGAAUCCAAAUCGAAAGUCCCCUCCCUCUCGGAGAAAGCCCCUUCUUCCUGUUUGUCGAGGAUCAUAGAAACCAAUGGCCAUAAGAUGGAGGAAGAGGACCGAGCCCUCUUACUCCGGAUCCUGGAGAGUAUUGAAGACUUUGCGCAAGAGCUAGUCGAAUGCAAAUCAGGACGAGGGAGUCUAUCCAAAGAAAAGGAAGUGAUGCAGAUUCUCCAAGAGACCUUGACAGCAUCCUCCCAGACCCCGGCACCUCUGUGUAGGAAUCACCCAAGUGAUAAAACCAAAGAAACCACUUCAAUGGUAUCGAUUCAGCAAACCCCGGAGGUGAUCAAGGUUCAAAAUAAGCAAGAUAAGAAAGCCGCAACACCGCUUCCACCUUCGGGAAACUUUGCAAGUAGCCCUCGCCCUCUGUCCCCUCUCCCGAACGUGAAUAAUGCCGCCAGCCACGCGCCUUCGUCUGUAAACAUUCCACGCUUCUACUUCCCCAAAGGCCUCCCCGAUACCUGCACAAACCACGAACAGUCCCUAGCAAAAAUCGAAGCCACCUUUGGGGAAAUCGAGGAUGAGAAAUCGGACAUCUACGAAAUGGGGAAAAUUGCAAAGGCCUGUGGCUGCCCUCUCUAUUGGAAAGCGCCUAUGUUCAAUGCUGCGGGGGGAGAAAGGACGGGAUUCGUCUCUGUACAUUCAUUUAUAGCAAUGUGGAGAAAAUUGCUUUAUAACUACCACGAUGAUGCAUCCAAGUUUGUCUCUCUUCUAGCAAAACCCAACUGCAACUAUCUUGAGCAGGAAGAUUUCAUCCCAUUGCUUCAAGAUGUGGUGGACACACACCCUGGUCUGACGUUCUUGAAGGAUGCACCAGAAUUCCAUUCCCGUUACAUCACCACGGUGAUCCAGCGGAUAUUCUACACGGUCAAUCGGUCUUGGUCUGGAAAAAUUACCUUGACAGAGAUGAGGAAAAGCAACUUCCUGCAAACUCUGGCCCUUUUGGAGGAAGAAGAAGACAUAAACCAAGUCACGGAUUAUUUCUCCUACGAACACUUCUAUGUCAUCUACUGUAAAUUCUGGGAACUAGACAGUGACCAUGACCUCUACAUCAACCAAACCGAUCUAUCGAGAUACAACGAUCAAGCUUCAUCGAGCAGAAUCGUUGAGAGGAUAUUCACUGGAGCAGUGACGAGGGGAAAUACAGUACAAAAGGAAGGACGGAUGAGCUACGCUGACUUCGUAUGGUUUCUGAUCUCUGAGGAAGAUAAGAGGAACCCCACCAGCAUUGAAUAUUGGUUCCGCUGCAUGGACCUGGAUGGGGACGGUGUGCUCUCUAUGUACGAGCUGGAAUAUUUCUAUGAGGAACAAUGUGAGAGGAUGGAAGCCAUGGGCAUCGAGCCUCUGCCAUUCCACGAUUUGCUCUGCCAGAUGCUUGACCUGGUGAAGCCCGAAGUUGACGGGAGAAUCACACUCCGAGACCUGAAAAGAUGCAGAAUGGCUCACAUUUUUUAUGACACCUUCUUUAAUCUGGAGAAGUACCUGGACCAUGAACAGAGGGACCCCUUUGCCAUGCAGAAGGACGCUGAGAAUGACGGGCCCGAGCCCUCCGACUGGGACAGAUUUGCUGCCGAGGAGUACGAAGUCCUUGUGGCGGAGGAAUCCGCCAGUGAGCAGAUACACGAGGGAUCUCUGGAAGACGACGAAACGGAUGAACCCGCCCCUCCCUCCGAACUCGGACACAAGGGAGAUGUGUCAGUUACCUCAAACCUUUCCGAGAAAUCUGCCAAGCUCCCCUCAAUGGAUGAGGAAUAGCUGCCACUGGUAUUUCCUUGUGAAGAGCGACGCCCUAUUUUGUAUAAUGCACUUCAAAGUCUACCCUUUCUACAAAUGUGUACUUGCCUUGGGUCAACUUAAAAUGGCUUUGUGAGACGACUGUGGUCUUGCGCGUGCUUCAUGACGGGCUCUCUUCCGAUUUCCUCCUUACCUGGGGUCCGUUGCCUGAAAGUAACAGAAUUGAAAAUGAUCUCCGCAUUUCUCACCGGCUGAAGCCUGUCUAAUCGGGAUCGUACUGGCCUCUCGUUCCCAUUGCAUUUAUCAGGAUCGGUCUAGACACGGAUAACGUCUGUCGGCUCUCGCGGGAGGACCUGGUUCACGUGGAAAGAAAAGAAAUGGACAAAUCCAAAUCGUAGAAACUAAAAAAGUAGGCUCAAGAGAGUCGAUCAAUGAGCACUCCAGAAUUCACUUGACCCCUUGGAAGCCUUCUUCAAAGAUAACUUCUCUAACAAAGAUCCCGUUUCCUGUUUGUUGUACGUUGAUGAUCUAAUGCCAACGCUGCCAAACCGCUAAAGUCACUUUAUCCCUAGGUGUCCCAAACAGCCGCUGGGAGCUGCGGACCUUUAAUUUCAAUUUCCUUCUUUUGAAAUUCUUCUUCCUCCCCCCACCUCCCUCAAGGAAGGAGAAAGAAAGACUUUUAACUGCUAGAGCCCUGGUGAAAAUUUUCAGGAAGGAAACAGGUUUGAAGUCAAGAUAAAGUCAAGUUAUGGGCAGAAUUCUGGCUCAAAGGCUGUACUGUGGUUGAAUUUCUAUUAAAAUACCUAGGGAUUUAGGGUUUUGUUUUCUUUGGGCGGAGGUUUGGAGGAGUGGGGUGGAGGGAAGGGGUGAGGAGAAAAUCAGCCCUUGGAUGGGAAAUGUCACAAACUGGAUGAUCCAGAACCUCUUCACCCACAGUUCGCUUCCUGGUAAGGGAUAAGAAAUGAAAGCCACGCACGAAAACCUCUGCCAUGCGAAUGUAUUCUUUCCUCCAAUUAGUAUAUUAACGAUUGUUAUUUUUCCUUUUCAAAUGUAGAAUUCCCCUUUCCACCCAGGUCAUCUGCCUACCAAUAAAUAAGUUACACUUGGACGGUGACCAUAGCAGUGGAGAGUCUGACCAAAGCAGGCGUUCAAAUACUACUGGCCUUUUGAGGACAACCAACCAACCCCCAAAGGCACAUGAAAGUAUUCACCACUGGGAGAAGUUUUUCAGGAAACAGUAAAAUGGUCAACGGUCAUAUUAUCGAUUACUCUUUUUUCCUCCUUUAAGUGAAGGAGCACAGAGAAUGGAAAUGGGCAGCUUAAACGCUGGGAUUCUGUAGUAAAUCGACUCGGUUACCCGUUCCAAUGUAAAGGCAGGUAGGAUGUGAACAGUGGAAAGGGCAGGCAAAAGCCGGGCCUUUGUCGUCAAAAACUUCAACCUCUCGACCGCCAAAUGCUUUCCGAGAGCGACCUAAUAAAUACCACAAUGAAUAAUGACGGUAUCUGUUAAGCACUUACUGUGUGCUAUGCAAUUAUUCUAAAAAGCAGCCAACCUCACUAAGGUGAACUUCGCGCUCUUCUGUCUACCCUCCUCUCUCCCCGAAAUUCAGGUGGGCCGACCGAUAAGCAGCGACGUGUACCAAAAAGGGGACAGAAGCAGGAAGACAAAAGGUGAGAAAGGGUCCGAAGGGUAAUCGGCAGUCAGAUGGGCCUGAAUUAUCAAGAGUUAGCCGCCUUCACAGGCGAAGCUCGCUUUCCCCAAUUUUCUCAGCUGUUUCAGAACGUGAGGAUCCUAACCUCCUACUUGAGAAAAACGGCCUUUGGCUGGUCUAACUUAAGCUUCUCUCCUCGGCGACAACCUGUUUCCAUAUUUCGGAGCUAAUGCGUGUGUUAAGUGUGAGGGAGAUACAGAAGGACACUGUGGGUAACGUGUGUAAUCCUUUCUGGUUCUCCAGGAUUGAGCUGACAGACUUUUGCCCCUCUCCGAUGUUCCUGGGGAUGAAAGCAGCAGCUUUUGAGUUUGCACGGUAUGGCCGGAAAAAAAAAAACCCACCCGGCUUUUCUAGAAAUUAAGUCGAAUCUACCUUUCGACAUGAGAGUUCAUUUAGUUACCUAGUUCUUUUCCUACGGCGACUCAGGAAAAAUAAAACUGUAAUUAAGCUCUGAAUUUAAAAGCAAUACAAGUUGGAUUGGGGCUUUUUACCUCACUUUCACGUCUUUCUGACUGCCUCCCUUAAUUUUUCCUGGCUUUCAUUUUGGUGUAUACUUUGAAGAUGAUUUUGCAUUUUAUUCUGUAAAGUAAUGAAAAAGUGCAACUGCCAAUGCAUUCUGUUUAAGAAUGACUAAGAGUAAUAAUGAAAUUUUCUUCAGGUCUAAACUCUGUCUUUAGAAAAACGCAGAUAUUGUGUAUCGGGAACUCAGCUCUUUUUGGCCCCGCCACCACGUGGCAGUAUUUUUAAAUAGAUCACGUAGAGAGCCGAGAUAUCACGCUUUCAGUAAGGAUAAAGAAAGUUUAAUCUGUUGUGAUUUCUGAGAGCAGAGAUAUUCCAAUGGAACUAAUGUAGUGUACUUUGUUUGACUUUCCGCUAUGAAGAAAAAAAGCCGCAGAAAAAUCCAUAAAACUAAACCUCAUGCUGACAAAUUCUCCACCUGAUGAUAGUUCUAUUUCUGACACCUUAAUUCCAUGCAAAAAGGGGUUUGAUACCACAGCAAAAAUGGGUGUGGACAAUAACCAAUAGCUCUACGUAAGAUUUUAAAUCUUUUCCGUUCACUGUAACCUGUUCUGUUGUCACAUGAUCAGAUAACUUGUGUGAUUUGCCGAAAUAUUUUAAGACUUUUGUGUUGGCAUGGCUUUGUAAUGAUUGAUUUGCUUCAUGUCUACCUUUUUUGCAAAGAAAAUAAAGUUUAAAAAAAAGAAGAUUCCCAUUCACCCUGCGGAGCUCAUUGCAGACUGCUCUUCGUUUUUGCCAUACUGGAUAUUCUCGCGAUGGAUUUGAGUAUGUAUUGUCUAAAAUGAAAAAUAAAUUCAUUUUACAAGAUAUAUUAAUGUACAUUAAAAUAUUCUAAAUGUAA